UGGUGUUCGCGUUCGCGUUCAUCGCAGAGCUCCGGUCCACUGCUGGGGGAUCCCAACCACACGCACACAUACACAUCCAGGAGAGCGCGCGCCGGGCGUCGCGGGAUCGCCCGUCUCCCGGCCCGGCCCGGCACGGCACGGCACGGCACGGCACGGCACGGCACGCGCCCCGCUAGUACAUUGUUUCCAGUGCCGCUCCGGGGAAGCGCGCGGGUGCGUCGUGAAGCGCGCGACCGACGCGCGCGCGCAUUCCCGCAGCUGCCGCGGACGCGGUCGGAACCCGAGAGAGACGCGACUGUCGGAGGAGUUCCCUGUUUUCUGUGCACGCGCGCGCGCGCGCACACACACACAGGACACACAGCGCCAAUGCAUUGUAUCAUUGUCUGCGGAGCGAAGGUCCGUCUCUCCAUCAGGUCUUCCUUCCACCACCUUGAGAUCAGAAUAUGACGAUUGUGGUCUGAAGGAGGCUUCAGAUGCUCACAUCCUUCUGUUGGUUGCCGGACAUCCACCGCUAUGGGGCGCAUUGUGAGGGUUAUGGCAAAAUUCUGCUGACUGCUGUUGGAAGAGGAAGGUCUGUAAUAGACUUCAAAGACACAAUUCCUACCUGAUGUUUCUGCUUUAAACAAUAUCAGUCAAUAAGAUGAGACUCAUCUUUUUGGAUCUAUAAUUGGUUAUUCCAUACUGUUUUCUUCUGGAAGCUGGAUAAUCUUACACCAUCCCUCAGCCACUGUGCUUUCAGCCGUCCCAACAGACUACUGGAGGGAUUCUGAUUUUGAACAUGACUCAUGGGGAGGAGCCUGGCUCAGAGACACACCAGGAUUCAGUUGUUUUAACAUAUCUGGAAGGUUUACUAAUGCAUCAGGUGGCAGGCAGGCCAGGUUCCACGGUCACGCAGAGACCCGAGGCCGGGCGCAGCAGCCAGGAGCAGAGCGACAGGGCGGUUCGGGGCACGCCACCCACUCAUGACUCCAGUCAGCAGGACAGGAGAGUAUCGCUGGGGACAGUCCCACGGCACUUCAAGAAGGCCCGUCUGCUUCAUUCCGAGACCUUGAGAGAACCUGAAAGGCAGACGGCAUGUGCCCCCAAUGGAGGUCUGAAUGGGCAGGCUGUCGUGCACCGCUCAGGGGCCCCGGACAGCUCCACUCAAGGGGAGAACACCUUGUUGGCAUCCCUGUUGCAGUCCUUCAGCUCACGGCUGCAAGGUGUGGCUAUGGCACAGCCAGACCUGAAGCAGCCAGAUUUGCAGCAGCCAGACUCAAAGAAAGCAGAUCCAAAGCAGCCGGAUCUGAAGCAGCAGGACCUGAAGCAGUUAGACCAGAAGCAGCAGGAUGGCGGAGUCCAUGAGAGUGAAUGGGUAAAUAAGGAGGCGGCAGGCCAGUGCCGUGAAACUGCUUCCAGUCGUCUGAAGGGCCUUAUGAGGAAAAGUAAAACAAAGAACCAUAGCAAUGUGCCUUACUGUCGGCGGAGUGCCCAAGACAGUAGCACUGAAUCCCCACGAGCACCACAGGGCAGCAAACAGCGCACCACUGUGGACUCCUGUGCUGCACGGUUAAAAGCUGUGGCCAGCCUGUCCAAGGUUCGAUCAAGCCCUGGGUCUUCACCCAAACCCAGUGUGGCUUGCAGUCAGCUUGCGCUGUUGCUCUCCAGUGAGGCUCACCUGCAACAAUAUUCCCGAGAGCAUGCCUUGAAAGCACAACUCUCCAGCCGCCUGGCCAGUGAAAGACUUGCAGCCAUGGCCACCCAGAAGACGCAGGAUAAGCCUGAGCCUGGCGUGGGUCAACCUGAGGUGACCCCGCACACUGCGAGUUCCUUAAAAGCUGAACAAAGCAUGCUGCCUCAGCCGGCACUGGACUCGAGUAAACGGAGACCUUCGCCAGAUCCAGGACAGCGUAGGAUGGCCAACGCUUCUCUUCCGUUCAGGGUGAGACGGCCGUUUGACCGACACGGCACAAGGCCCUCUCAGACAUGCAGUAGCUUGCUUCUGCUUCUCCUGAACAGCCACAACACACAUAAGCAAAACAUUAGCAAUGUUCAUCUGGAAAAGGAUAACGGGGUCCUUUCAAGCCACAGAUCACCACUGCUAUCUGACAGCGAGCACUCGAGCCAUGAGAACGGCUUCACCAAAGACAGCAGCGAUGCGGAAAGCUCCUAUUCCUGCUGCUCUCCCAUUGACUUGUCCGUCAGGAAUAGGAUCAGCGACCCUGCGCUCGGCUCGUCCUCUUCCUCUCUGGACAAACUCACUGAGUCUUUGAUAAGCAAGUGGAAACCAGAGGCUUCGAGGCCAAAGGUCAGAGAUACAGAAGAACUGAAAGGCAGCCCUGAUGAAAAAUCUCCUCGAAAGGUUACGCUUGUGCAGUUAUUGCAGAAUCAUAAGAGCAGUGGGAAGCUAAACAAAUCCCCCGAGGAUCUUUCAGACUUUCAACAGGAUACAGUCCCUAAAGUCAACAGUGUAUCUGCAGGACCAUUUACACCAGCAACGUGUUUUGAGGAGGCCAGGUCUGAAAGCCCUAGCAGUGCCCUUACCGGUAGAACUCCGCAGCUCUUGUCCUCCUUCUCCCACGGGAGGGAAGCAAAUGGCACCGCAUCUCCAUACGCCUUGUACACUUCCUCUCAUGUCCAAUCCACCCCCUUGGAUUUAUGUAAGUCCAAAUCCCACUUGAGCGAAAGUGUCCCAGAGCCUGCUUUUAGUGCCAGUAAACUACUGCAAAAUUUAGCACAGUGUGGAUUACAGACAGCUUCCCCUUCGCCUCCACUCAAUGCCCCUCGGCCUAGCAAACGCUCCUCUAGCAGUCACGAACUUCAAACAGAAAAGCCUGUGACUUUGCUGGAGAGAUUAAGUGCUCCGGUAGCACGGAAUCAGUCCCCUGUGUUGGAGGCUCCCCACGGGAGUAAUCUGCCUUGUUUGCCAGAGCUGUCCCCUCCCAUUUCAGAGAUUGAGAAUCUUCUGGAGAGACGGACGGUUUUGCAGCUUCUGCUCAGCAAUGCCACCAGCAAAGAAAAGUUGGGUGGCAAAAGCUGCAAAGAUACGGCUGCAAGCGGAUCUGCAAGGCCUCCUGACAAGUCUGUGACCUGUGACCACAUCAGCAGACCUUUGCCGGAUAUAAAGAUCAAGGCUGAACCAGAAGAGGAAAGCUUGUCUCGUGAAGCCGAAGGAGUUCAGAGGUCCCAACGCGAGAGUGACAGGCACAGCCUUGCCUUGCUUCCUCAGCGUGACGUCAAGUCGGAGCCCCCGCCUACAGACGCUUUCCCUAAAGAUGGUCUUCUCAGUCAGCUUCUGAAACAGCAACCAAGGAACUUGCAUGCAAACAUGCAUAGUGAUGUGUGCAUAGGGCCUGUGAAGGAGGAGCGGCAGGAGCACCAUCCGCUGGUUGUGCCAAAGAAGAGGAGAAUCUGCGUUGAGUUGGAGAGCCAGCUGAACGGCCAGCCGUCUCAGGCAUGCGGAGGUAGAGAUGCUGACCCUGUGCCCAGGGCACCAGAGUGGCACAGCGUCAAAAAGCCAGCAAGCCCACGUCAGGUCGACCCUCUGAUCAACUGCCUCGCGAACGACGGUCGGACCUUCAAUGUGUUGAAACAGCUCCUGCUCUCCGACAACUGCUUGAGAGAUCCGGCUCGGUCCAGUGGCACCGCUAGCCCUCCAUCGCUGUUGGGUGCUCGCCACGAUCUGGGCAGUGUGCAGUGGCAUCCGAGUGCUCCGGGGCUGGGACCAGGAGACUUCAAAGCAUCCCCCCAGGGUCCCCACUGGGCUUGCCAUCCCACACCUCAGGACUCUCCUAAAACGAACCACGUUCCGCUAAAACGAGCAAGUGAGGGUCCCGUCAGGUGGGUGGUCACGGAGGAGCAGAAAAGUGACUCUGACUCCCCGAGACUGACCAAGUCCAACCCGAUCCUUUACUACAUGCUGCAGAAGGGCAACACUCGGGUCAGCAGGAGUGUACGAGAGCAGAGGGAAGCGGAGCCUUUUGAAAUGAGGGUGAAAGAGGAACCCCUAGUCAAUGCCAAGGGUCGUGACCAUGAACAGAACUCAAAAGAUCACUCGCAAUCAUUUGAUGAGAAACAGGGCGAUAACAGCGGCCAACUGAAUGGGUCCCUGUAGAAAUGCUAGUCCUUCAGUAUAAAGACACUUGUGGCACCUACACGGGACUGAAAAGCACUCAUGUUUCGUUACUAUGUCUUUCUUCAUUCAUUCAUUCAUUUAUGCAUUCAUACUCUGAAGGCUCCUUAGAAGUAAACGCAACCCUUCCAGAUAAAUGUGUCUCAGAUAAUGUGGUCAACUACAAAUACUGUAGCAAAAUAAAAGUUUUCACUUUUUAAGAAGUUUUGGUUUAUAUGGGGUGAAAGACCACUAGAUGGAAAUUUUUAUGAGAUGAAUGAAAGCACUCUGCUUGUCCUGGUCUCACUUGUGGUGUGGUGGGGUGGUAGCAGCGCUUGCGCGCGCUCAGUUACACGCUGCUGGCAAUUUAGUGUUGCUUUGGGCUCUGGGAGGAAAUCCACAGGCACACGUGGACAACAUGUAAAUUCCGCACAGACCGAGCUGGAAUGGAACCUGAUCCAAAACGGCUCGGGCACCGUGAGGUAGCUGCACUACCCGCUGUCCCACCCCUUAAAUGAAAGCAGUUGUGUGUUUAAAUAAAUUAAUGAUUAAGGACAUGGUCAGUAUUAUCCAUGCAAAAUUUAAAUGUAGAUUAUGCGAUUUGAAUUUUCUAUUACAAUUACUGUUAAAUCACCUGAGUAUUACCUGAUUAUUUGAAAGAUUGGAUCCUAUGUCACAUUGCACCAGCCUGAGCUGCCCACCUUUUUUCCAUGUUCUACAGGUUUGUUCUCCCCAAAACAGUCAUGUUAAUAUUAAACUAAUUAAUAACCGUUAAACCGUUACUCAGGACUUGAGGACCCGAUUUGAUCCGAACAAGCGACGGUGAUCAGAACCUGUGUCGGAAAAGUAGUAUUUGCCGUCUAAUAUUUAUCAUCUAAAAACCUUCCUCACACUCAGGGCCGGAAAUUGGUCUUCGGCUUCUAUUCACAAUCUCACAGCCAUGAUUAUAGAGUUCAUAAAUUCUUUCAUACAGCUUUUCUCUGAAAAUGAAUUGAUUCAUUUCAUCGUUGGUUAACGUCAUUUACACUUUUCCCAUGUGAGUUUGACAAUUACACAAGACACUAACUUUAUGAGUCUUCAUUGUCAUUAUCCAUAACUAUAUAUGAAUUGACCAGUUGACCAAUUUGUUUUUUUAAUUAUUUUUUAAUAAAGCAUGUUUUCCAGGUGUGAAGACAACCUUCAGUCUUUAAGGGUUGGAUUUAAUCUGUUGGUGUUGUGAGGUGCUCAGAAUGUUUAUCAAUGUUGUUAUGAGCUGCUUUUGAAAAUUGUUUUUGGUUGGCAUAUCGGUGAUGUUUUGUUCAGUGAUUACAUACCAUGAUUUAAACAGUGCCAAGUCUGCAGAAUGUCACUAACAUAGUUUUGAGAAAGAAAAUAGUGGGUAAGUCGCAAGUCGCUGUGUUUCAGUUACUGGUGUUAGCAUGCCUUCAGUGUAGAAUUGAGAUUUUUUUUCUUUCUUCUUUUUUUUUUUUUUUUUAUUUUUAUUUUUAAUUUAGAGAAUGCACUUUCUGUGUAGCUAAAGCGUUCAUAUCGUAACCACUGCACACUUAUGUUUGUGCAUCGUAUCUGCCAAGACAUGGGCAUCAGGAAAGUGACACUGAUGGCAAGCAUUUCCAAAAAAGCAGAAGGCUUCCGGGCAAAUGUUGCAUGAAAUUUUGUAUACGCGUGGUCAGUGCUGCCGCCCUGCUGGCGGGCAAGAGAAUGAAAAGAUUCUGUAUUUUAAAUACUUGUUUAUGAUUUUCUAAACUGUAUUGAAAGCAGCUUACAUAGCUCUGAGCUCUACACUAUACCCUUUUACAAAGUUGGGUAUUUUACUGGCUUCAUUGAGCCUUGCUUAAGGCCACAACAAGACCGUUGUCUUCCGUUUAGGGCUUGAACCCACAACCAGUCUAAUUCUUUAAUUACUAGACUGUUGGACAUGCUUUCUCUUCCUGUUGAACUGUUCUUUUUCCUCCUCCCUUCCCCCUUUGUAACCUAUGAAAUUUGAGUAGAUCCUUCACCCCACCACCAACAUGACAUUUUAGAACUCUUAAGUGUGACAUCUGUAUAUUUUUUUUUUCAGUAUUAAUGUAUGUUCUUUACGGUAAAAAGGUUUUUCCGAGUGGUUUAAAAAAAAAGUGUAAAUAGUUGUUUCGAUAUGAAAGCUAUUUUCUACUGCUCACGAGAAAGAUAUUGUACUAAUUUUCAAUUGUGAGAAACUGAUGUAAAUUCCCUGUAAUAUUGUAUAUAAUCAGAAAGAGGAUAAAUGCUUAUUUUGCAUGUGACUCUGUUGUAAGUUUAUGAAAACUGACUGAAAAACCACGUCUGCCCCUCUACAGCGAUGCCUGCUGCAUGUAUGUGCAUGGGAGGUUCAGUGAAGAAAUGUGACAACUCUGGAUGUGGGGAUGUGAUAAAAAAUAUAUUAAAUAGUCUUAAAAUAGGUCUUACUCUGUCAAAUGGCCAUGAAGUGACAUCUGAACAAUCAGUAAGUAAAUGUAUGAAGCUGUAAGUGAAAUAUUUAUACUUGGAGAACUGAUGUGCACAGAUUUGAUGCUUUUGUCUAGACCACAGCAGUGGCACCAUUCUGGAAUGUUCUUUAGUGCCGUUCUGAAGACGGAUGUUUGUGUUGAGAUGUUUGAUCCUUCCUCAUGACGGCCUGAAAUGCAUCUUUGUUUUUCCACCCCCUACCCGCCCCCAAAGUUCUCCUUUUUGGUGUUUACUUGCACAGAUUUUAAAUAAAGUACUAAAAUGCACUUUUGGAAACCCAUG